AUUCUCCUUCCCCUAUUAAUUACUCACUCCUCAAAUUUCCCCUCUCUAAAAUGGAGUCAAGCUUGGAUACUACUAUCACUACAACCACUUUCAACUGCAACUCCUCAUCCUCUGGUUCUCCCUCUCCUACCUCCUCUCCUCCUCCGCCGUCGAUCGUCGUCAGCCCCUGCGCCGCCUGCAAGAUCCUCCGUCGCAGAUGCGUCGACAAAUGCGUCCUCGCCCCGUAUUUCCCGCCUACUGAGCCGCUCAAAUUCACGACGGCGCAUCGCGUCUUCGGUGCCAGCAACAUCAUCAAGUUCCUGCAGGAGCUACCAGAGAACCAGAGAGCGGACGCGGUCAGCAGCAUGGUGUACGAAGCGAAUGCCCGGAUCCGAGACCCGGUGUACGGCUGCGCGGGCGCAAUCUGCCAGCUGCAGAAGCAGGUGAACGAGCUUCAGGCGGACCUCGCACGCGCGCAGGCGGAGCUCAUCAACAUGCAGACCCAGCACGCGAACCUAGUCGCCCUCAUCUGCAUGGAAAUGGCAAAUUCUCAGCAGAACCAUCAGCAACUUCAGAACUGCGCUCCGCCGUCGUCGAUCAACAACCCGAUGGACUGCAGCCCCCAGAGCUUUCUCGUCGAGCCUGAGAGCUUCUUCCUUGACGAGAGCAAUCAGGGGUGUUUAUGGGAGGAGCCUCUGUGGACAUGAUCGGCUUUGGGAUUCGUGCGACCGGGAGGAAUAAGAUUAGAUUAUUGCUAAUGAGCUAUCUAAAAGAUACUAUUAGUACUAAUUUGUUACUGUAGCCGACAAAGUCGACGCGCUUGUUUUCCUUUAUGCGAGUCCUUUCGAGACUUUUUUUUGAGGGGGGAUUGAGUCCUUUUGAAAGUUUCAAGGAUGAGAAAGUAAAGGGUUUUUUUUCUUUUC